AAAUACUUAUUUCCAUCAAAUGAAUCACCACAAAUUGUUAGUCCUGGAGAUAUUGUAUUUAUCACUAAUAAAUACGUUGUUGAUAAUUCUGAAGAAUGCGUAGCUAUUGCAUAUGCCAGAAUUAUUAAUACUAGAAAACCCAAACUUGACUUUGAUAUAACCAAUGUUCCUAUAUAUACUCCUCACUGCAUGAUCACAGUCUGUGUUAAUCAUAAUCUCAAAAAAACUGAAGAAUUCUUCCAUUUUGGAGCAGAUUGUGUAGAAUACAACUUAGUUACUAGAACAUCUAAUAAUAAAAUAGAAAUAACCAUUCUUUACAACUCCCAAUUUAUAAGAUUUAAGUAUUUAGAUGUAUCAGGAAUUAAUAUCAAAAUAAACAAUAUUUAUAUUAUCUCAGACUUUAUUAAAUUCUUUGAUUCUGAUAAAAUGAUGAUAGAAGCCACAGAUAUUAAUUUUCAAAAAUCCCCAACCAACCAUCCUAAUGCUCCUGAAAUUUCAUCUGAUAAAUCAAAGACCCACUUGAUUAUUGAUAUUAUCUCUGAUAAUAUCAAUUCUAGUACUAUGCAAACAUCCAAUCAAUCUUCAUUUAAGACUAUGUUCACUUUCAUCAUCUCUGACACAAAAAUCAAUUCGACUCUUAGAACAAAGAACCAAUUAAAAUUAGAGGUUAAGAACGAUGCUAAAGAACAGCAAGGUGAUUAUGAAGAAGAAAAGGAGGUAUUUUCAGAUGAGUACAGAAAGUCAACAGGCGAAAAUGAAGAACAAGAAGAUGAAAAGCAACCUAAGAAGAGAAAGCGAA